CACCAGCUAGUCCAGCAGCUUAGCACACGGUCGAGAAUGGAUGCACCUACGCUGGCAGUCGAAGUUAACAAGGCCUGCGAAGUUCUCACUGACCUUCGCUACUUUCGAGACGAAGCCAGUACGUCGGCGGCGCUUCGAACCAUUUGCCGACUUCUAAACGAAGCUGCGGGCGGAGAAGAGCGUUCCUUCAUCUACCAGGUGGCCACCUCGGCAGGCGGAGUGUCCGCGCUGCUGGGAAUCAUCCGCUGCUGUCCCUCUAUCAGUGUUCUUGCGGACGCAGCCAGUUGCCUCUCUCUACUAGUCCAGGGGAACGAGCGAGCUGCGCUGGACCUCGCAUCACGUGACGUCCUCUCCCCUCUCCUCCCGCUGCUCUACCCGCGAAAACAGCAACAUUCCUCCUCCUCGGACGAGCGCUCCAAAUACCCUCUCUCCUCUCACUCGCGAUUUCUGUGGACUCGCGAACGGCUCCCUUUGUACGAAGCUGCGUCAUCGGCGUUGCGCAAGCUCACCUACCACUCCUCAGACCUGGAACGAACAUUGGCACAGAGGGGUGGCAUUAGACUCAUCAUCGAGCUCAGCAUCAGCCCAGAGUUUCUGGCCGAAACUUCGUGCUACUCACCAACGGCCAAAAAAGAGUUUGCCAAACUGACACUCGGGCAGAAGUACAUGGCUAACGCAGCCCCAGCCCCGAAGACAACUCGAAGUGAUCUGCUCGAGCGAUUUCCAGCUCUGGCGUCCUUGGAGCACGGGCCUGAGUACCCGUACUAUGUCGUUGAUCUGGUCACCUACGAGAGAAAAUGGGUCGUCGACUCUAUCAUCGAUACGGGCCUUGUCUGGCCGAACCACGCUCCCUUCCCUGAGGGGGCGGAGCCGGUGUGGACGUGUGUGGGUGUGGUCUGUGUCGAGGAUCCAGGGCACGUCUGGUGUCAGUUCUGCAUCGAUAAACCCAAGCCCAAAGUUGAUGCUAUGGUGGCUGCACUGAGAAGCAUGGCCCCACCCACUGGAGACGAGGUAAUCGAUGACAUUCCUGAAGUUGGGGAUUUCUGCAUUGCAUACUUUGAACCCAAGUAUUGCCACGCCCUUUCUUCUAUCGACAAAGGGGCUCUGUGGGGGCGUGGUCAAGUAUUAGGGGUGGAGCCUGGUGCGAAACUCCGCCUACUCUCGCUCGACUUUGGCACAACUGCAACUCUCCCUCUCUCUCACGUCCGACCUUUCCUGCGAGAGUGCAGUGGAAUACCGCCUUGUGCGGUACCAUGUAAGGUAUUGGGAGUGGCUCCGAUACCAGUCUGUACCGUUGUGCAGGAGAAUGCAGCAGCUGUACUCCGAAACCUGGCCUACGAGGAUGCUGCGUACAGGAAAGAGAUCGUUGCAUUCAAAGGAGUUGAAGCUCUACUCCAGCUGUCCCACAGUUGUGACGUGGCGCGUGGCACAACAGGCUGUGGCUGCUACUGCUCAACAUGACCUCCAGCGAGGGGAGGGAAAUGGGGGAGAGAGGAGUCCUGGGGAGCCUCCUUGAACUGGUAUUAAGAGAGAAGACCCACUCUUCCAUCCUCUACUUCUCGUUGGCAACAAUCCACAACCUCAUCACCGCAAGUCCUCAGAACCUCAAGAGAUUGACCAAUCAGAACGCUGCCGAGAAGCUGUCAGACCUCCUGGAUAAAAGGUCGUUGAAUGGAAAGGCGAAGGAAAUGCUGGAGACGAUUUUGAAAAUUCUGAAUCCAUCGUCUCCAAGACAGAUGUCAUCAAAGAAGUGAGGAUAUUUCUGUAGAAGAAUGCAUGUAGUUCACCCACUGCGAUUUGUGUUUAUUAUUGCGUCAACCACACAAAAGUGGGGAUUACGUGUUUGCAAUUUUGGAACUAUGUAUACAGUAAAUGCCAUUUUAAACCUCUAUCUUGUCUCUCUCUCUAACAAGUGGAGGGAGAGUAAGCACAAUGAGGAUACCUCCUGUGUAUCGUUGCCUGGGUGACCAGGAGCCAGGUAACGAGGUUGAAACGAAGGGGCAGGACGAAGACGAGGAGGUGUCUGGAGCCGUCGUCACGACAAACACUUUUCUCCAUAAUUCCUACAUUGACUUUGAACAAGACGAGCACGUUGUUUCAAGAAUGUUGGUCCGGAGGAUAAGUUAACCCCUUGGAUGCUGCAACGAACAGUCUGUGCCAUGAUGAAUACAGGUGACCGGUGUGUGAUUUACGUGGGCCUGUCUCAGAGCGGUAGAAUUCACGGGGUUAAACUCGACAGGAAGGAGCGAGAUCAUCUGUGUGCAGAUAUCGACAGAAUGAUGAAGGAUGGAUUCAACCCAUGUAUUCAACACAAUCAAUACAAGAUACUAUUUGUGCCAGUGGUGCCUGGUUCGCAUCUGGUUCUUCCCGAGACGUACGUCGUUCAGUUGGAACUAGAGGCCAAGGUCAGCAGAAAGACUGUCUACACCAUCGACAAGGAAGUGGAGGAGGAGAAGAAACAGCAGUACUACCGUCGCUGUGGCAAGACCAACGUUGAAGUGAGCAACAAAAUGAACUAUUCACAUCACAGUGACCUCACUUCUAGUUAAAAGUCUCACGUUCAAUGUCCCAUUUACUUAGGGGUUUACUUGUGCAACUACACAAUUCAUUGGUUGGUCCCAUCACAAAGUCCCAGGUGCCAGUAUAUUCUCUCAUGCUAUAUAGCCCGAGUCAAUUUAUAGAGUAGCCGGAUUUAGAGAGCAAAUAGUGUCUUCCACUCUCUCCCAGAUGUCUCUCCAGGAAAUGGGGGACAGGUUGGCCGAGGAGUCGUCCAAAGAACACGGCAGUGAGAUACAGAGUCUUCUCCAGAAUAUCGACACACUUCGUCUCAGUCUAGACCACGUGACCAAGCGGCUGUCUGGCUACCAGUAGGACUUCUUCUACACAGCAGUGAAAGAACGAAACUCCUCACAUGACUACUGUGAUUACCUCAUCUUGAGAAAAAAUUAGCCUAGUGACUGUCACAGCCUCUGCUGGCUGCCUGUAGGAGUCUACAUUGUAUAUACAAUGGAUCUCGAUCACUAGGGAUCACUGAACUUAACUCCUCAUGACUAUCAUGUGAUCAUUUAUUCAUUUUAACCAUAAUGUAUAUGAAAGAGAC